UAUGGUCCAUGCCCCUUUAUUUUAUGCAGUUGAUUUGUCAGUUUGUGUUGAACACAUUAUACAUUAUGUAGCUAGUGAAGGUGACAGACAACAGUGAAAUGAAUGGACGUUUAUAAAUACCUGUCUAGUCGACUUGGAUCACAUCUACUUGUAGUUUAAUCAUUUGAGUCCUCUGUGUCACCUUCCCCGUGGUGCAUGUGCUGAUAUUGCGUGAGAGCCAGUCAAGGGAUGGUGGGCUAUGACCCACGCUCCAGCAAUGUCGUGCUUGGCCCGGAGGAGGCAGCUUUGGCUGGAUCCGCGGCUGGCAUGGUGACCCGUGCCCUCAUCAGCCCCUUGGACGUCAUCAAAAUUAGAUUCCAGCUGCAGAUCGAACAGGUGUCCUCCCGGCGGCCACAGGGCAAGUACUGGGGCCUGCUGCAGGCCAGCCGCUGCAUCUACACUGAGGAGGGCCUGCCUGCAUUCUGGAAGGGCCAUGUUCCCGCCCAACUCCUCUCCAUCUGUUUCGGAGCAGUGCAGUUUGCCACAUUUGAGAUCCUCACGGAGAUUGUGCACAAGAAUACACCGUACAGUUGCCAGACCCCCGGGGUGCAUUUUGUGUGCGGGGGGCUAGCAGCAUGCUCGGCCACUGUCGCCUGCCAGCCAUUGGACACUCUGCGCACCCGCUUUGCUGCCCAAGGAGAGCCUAAAAUAUAUCAAAGCCUUAGACAUGCUGUAUUCACCAUGUACCAGACAGAGGGGUUGUUUACAUUCUACCGUGGCCUGGUCCCAACACUAGUGGCUGUGUUCCCCUAUGCUGGCCUGCAGUUCUUUUGCUAUAAUGUGCUGAAGAGUCUCACUGAACCUCAGAACUCAGAGUCUUCGAAAGGUGGCAUCCAGAGCCUAUUAUGUGGUAGUUUGUCUGGGGUCAUCAGUAAAACAAUGACGUAUCCUUUUGACCUCUUCAAGAAGAGACUGCAGGUGGCAGGGUUUGAGGAGGCCAGGAAACAUUUUGGGCAGGUGCGGUCAUACCAUGGUUUUCUGGACUGUGUAGUGUGCAUAGCCAAAGAAGAGGGAGUUAGGGGCUUCUACAAGGGACUGUACCCUAGUCUGUUGAAGGCAGCCGUCUCAACAGGCCUCACCUUCUUCUCUUAUGAAGUCUUUGUCGGUCUCCUGAUCAGUCUGAAGGGGAACCACUGAGACUGGAGGACUGUCGAGGUUAAAGAACCUUUUGUACCUCUCAAUGGGGUGGGUGGGUGUAAGGGGCACAGGGUCACAGAACCACGCACACUGGGAAAGUGCCAUGGGGUAGAUACUGACUACUCUGGCAUUGCACUAAAGGGAUACAGGUUAUCAGUACACCUGUUGUAUCAAUGCAGCAAGGUGCAUCUACAUGUAGAUAUUACAGGAUUACUUCAGUCACGUGUGUAUUGAAUAUCUUAUCAGUCUAAAUUAAUCUGGAUUUGGUGAUGCAUCUCGAUUUGACAACCAAAUGUAUUUGUUUUACUCAUAUUCUUUUGGAUAUUAUUUGAAUAUAGUUUUGUAUAGAAAAGUACAAAACAAUACACUGUACAUUUUGUCAUGACCAGGAAAAGAAUGUUAAUAUUAUUAAUGCAUUGAAUGGCAAGAAACUGAGAUUUUAUCAUUUGCUGAAAUUUGGAGGUUUUCUAUGAUUAUAACUACCCCUUCUCAAGUGUCCUUGUUUGAAGUGGUGUCAGAACAUUCUGAAUAUUUUGCAAGCAACAACAUUGUUAUUUUUUAGCCCUUCAUCUAUGUUUGAACUGGUUAACUUGACUUUUUUGACUGUGAACUUUCACAGACUGCGCUUUCUCUUUUUCCAUAAGAUAGUGCCAUCUGUUCGGUGCAUUGUUUUCGUAUGUGACACAACAAAAGCAUAAACAGUUGUAGUCUUUAGAGUCGAUUGAUGACUGAUCAUUGACCACUGAACAGUCUGGCGCUUCAGUGGUACGUCAAAAGUGUCCAGUACCUAGAGCUCCCCCUUGUGGCACUUACUAGUUAUACAUAUAGGAUACCAGUGCUCACUACUGUAGAAUGACAAGUGCAAGCAAACUUUUAAUAUAAAAUAUCGAAGCAAACUUCUAUAUAGUAUUGCACCAGAAACCAGUCACUCCAUUAGAUGUUUGGUUGAUUCGGAUUGAUUCUGACAACUGACAUUGCAUAGUUAUGAUGAGUAAAAAACUGGCUUUAAGGUGUCUUACUUUUGACAGAGGAAAUAUCUCAAUUGAAUCGGGUGUGUUUUUUCCUGGUGUUAUUUAAGACAUUUGAAAGAGAAACAACAGCUUUACUACAGCAGCUUAGUAAUUCUGUUGCAGUGGUAACAUGAGAGGUGUGUUUUACAGUGUUUUUUUUUUUACCUGUUGUCACAAAUAUGUAUCCAAAGCUGUUAUGAUAAACACAUUUGCAUUUGUUUGUCAUAUAUAGGCAAAGUUGCUUCAUCCCAUAUGUCAUACCAGUCUUUAUUUGUAUUUUUUUCUUUUGUCUACAUUUUUGCUGUUGUGUAAUAACAUAUUUAUAUGUAUGUUUUAACAUGCACACACAUCCAUUUUACUGUAUUAAAGCAUUUGUAAUAUGUAUCAUGUCAUAUACCUAGAAUACCUAGGUAUUCUAUACCUAGAAUGUAACAGGACAUAUUUUGCUAUUAAAGAUAUUUCAAAAACAAUA